AUGGCUUCAAUUUGCAUAAACGACGCAUUAACAGAUGAUGAGCUAAGAGCAAUAUUAUCCAAGCUAGAGAAUGAUAAGGGCAAGGAGAUAUUUGGGUUGGUUUGCAAGAGAUGGUUAAAGUUGCAGAGUACAGAAAGGAAGAAACUUGCUGCUAGAGCUGGACCUCACAUGCUUCAAAAGAUGGCUGCUAGGUUUUCUAGAUUGAUUGAAUUGGACUUGUCUCAGUCUGUUUCAAGGUCUUUUUAUCCUGGUGUUACUGACUCUGAUAUUGCCGUUAUUGCUGAUGGUUUUAGAUGCUUAAAAGUCCUUAAUUUGCAGCAAUGUAAAGGUAUUUCAGAUAAGGGAAUGAUGUCAGUUGGAGGUGGUCUUUCAUCUCUACAGUCCUUGAAUGUAUCCUAUUGCAGAAAGCUAACAGACAAGGGAUUGUUGGCUGUUGCUAAGGGCUGUCAAGAUCUGCGGAGCCUACAUCUUAAUGGAUGCAAAUUUAUUACUGAUGAAGUACUAAGUGCUCUUUCUAAGAACUGCCCAAAUCUACAAGAGUUGGGCCUGCAAGGUUGCACUAGUGUAACUGACAGUGGACUUGCAAAUCUUGUUAGUGGAUGUCGGCGGAUCCACUUCUUAGAUAUCAAUAAAUGCAGUAAUGUGGGGGACAGUGGGAUUUCCAAUGUUUCAGAGGCAUGUUCAUCUUCCCUGAAGACACUAAAGUUGUUGGACUGUUUUAGAGUUGGGGAUAAGUCUAUUUUAUCUUUGGCCAGGUUUUGCAAGAAUCUGGAAACCCUUGUCGUUGGUGGCUGCCGAGACAUCUCUGAUGAGUCUAUAAAAUCAUUGGCCACUUCCUGUGGAAACAGUUUGAAGAACUUGCGUAUGGACUGGUGUUUAAAUAUCUCAGACUCUUCGUUAAGCUGCAUCCUCACUGAAUGCAGAAACCUGGAGGCUCUUGAUGUUGGGUGCUGUGGGGAGGUUACAGAUGCUGCCUUUCAUGGUUUAGGGACUAUGGAAACCAUAAUGAGGCUGAAGGUUUUGAAGAUCAGUAACUGUCCAAAGAUCACAGUAACUGGAAUAGGCAUGCUUUUGGAUAAAUGCAACUCUUUGGAAUACCUUGAUGUAAGGUCCUGCCCUCACAUUACCAAGUCAGGCUGCGAUGAGGCUGGAUUGCAGUUCCCUGAUUGCUGUAAAGUGAAUUACACAGGGAGUUUAAAUGAGCCAGAUGUUCAGCUUUGA